AUGCUGCGCAUCCGGCAGCAGGAGGAGGAGGUGAAAAACAUGGGGAUGGGGCAGGAGCGCCUGAGCAUGGCUCACUGGAGGAAACAGCUCCAACAGCUAUGCCAGGAGCCGCGCAACAAGCCCAUGACGCUGCUGACUGCAGAGCAGGACUUCAGUGCCCCUAUGAGAGGCCUCUCCAGCACAUUGUGUGAAGCCAUCCAGAUCCAGAACCUGCUACAGAGUAAAUUUUGUGUUAAAUCUGGCAUAAUCUUUGCAGCGAUGCCUUGUAUUGGACAUGUCCUGGAAAACUUAAGUGAUGCUGUGAAUGUCUCAGCAUAUGUAUUUCAGUCUUUCACCUCCCUUGUCAAUGCUCCUAACAGCAUCAAAUACAACUCUGUGAUACCUGUGAGGCCACUGAAUAACCCACACCAGGAGAAGACUUUUUUUCUUUUGCAGGCUGUUAAUACACUGUAAGAGUAUAGUCCUGGCUUUGCAAAACAGGUGGAGAAAAUUCUUCAUGAGUCUAGAUUCAGGCAACA